AUGGGUCUCGCCUUCACGAAGAUAUGGCAGCGCAUGAUCGGGAAACAGGAGAUGCGCAUUUUGAUGGUCGGCUUGGAUGCGGCGGGUAAGACCACAAUUCUCUACAAGCUGAAGCUGGGCGAAGUUGUCACCACGAUCCCCACUAUCGGCUUCAACGUGGAAACCGUUGAGUACAAGAACCUGUCAUUCACCGUGUGGGACGUGGGCGGCCAGGACAAGAUUCGCCCUCUUUGGCGCCACUACUACCAGGGUACGAAUGGCUUGAUCUACGUGGUUGACAGCAACGACCGAGACCGAAUUGAAGACGCCCGCGAGGAACUCAACAAAAUGUUGAAUGAAGACGAGAUGCGUGACGCAGUGCUUCUGGUCUUCGCCAACAAGCAGGACCUGCCCAAUGCCAUGACUGCAGCCGAAGUCACCGAGAAGCUUGGGCUGCAAAACCUGCGCCAUCGACAGUGGUUCAUCCAGUCGGCUUGCGCCACUACAGGAGAUGGCCUCUACGAGGGUCUGGACUGGCUCUCCCGCACACUCUCCUCAAAGCGCUAG